GCAGAGAGAGGCGAGAAGAUGGCGGCCGUGUCUAGCGGAGGUGCUGCUGGGUCCGCCGCGGCCGCGAUUACACACUCUGCCCGACCGACCCACGCAAGUAUGGGCUCCCAGAACCGAGCCCAGCCGUCUCCCGGGAUCUGCCACGCCAGUCGCGCCGGCACGGCCGGCGGGUGCAUCACGAAUCCCGGCCACACUUCUUCUGCCACCAGGCCCCCUCCAGCCCGAGUGGGCCACUACGAAAUCGAGCGGACCAUCGGCAAGGGAAAUUUCGCCGUUGUGAAACUAGCCACACACAUCAUCACUAAAGCAAAGGUGGCGAUAAAAAUAGUGGAUAAGACCCAGCUGGACGACGAGAACCUGAAAAAGAUCUUCAGAGAGGUGCAGAUCAUGAAGCUGCUGAAGCACCCCCACAUCAUCCGCCUCUACCAGGUGAUGGAGACGGAGAAGAUGAUCUAUUUGGUAACAGAGUUUGCUAGUGGCGGAGAGAUUUUCGACCACCUGGUGGCCCAUGGCCGCAUGGCAGAAAAGGAUGCCAGGAAGAAGUUCAAGCAGAUUGUGGCAGCGGUCCAUUUCUGUCACUGUCGCAACAUCGUCCACAGAGAUUUGAAAGCUGAAAACCUGUUACUGGACCACAACCUAAACAUUAAAAUUGCAGAUUUUGGUUUCAGCAACAUGUUUUCUCGGGGUCAGCUCCUGAAGACGUGGUGUGGCAGCCCUCCGUAUGCUGCUCCUGAACUUUUUGAAGGCAAAGAGUAUGACGGACCCAAAGUAGAUAUAUGGAGCUUAGGUGUGGUGUUAUAUGUUCUGGUGUGUGGCGCUUUACCUUUUGAUGGUAGCACUCUACAAAAUUUGCGAGCGCGUGUCCUCAGUGGAAAGUUUCGCAUCCCUUUCUUCAUGUCCACAGACUGUGAGUAUCUAAUUAGACACAUGUUAGUUCUGGAGCCCAGCAGGCGGCUGACCAUGGAGCAGAUCUGUAAGAACAAGUGGAUGAGGCUAGGAGACCCAGACCCAGAGUUUGACAGGUUGAUCGCAGAGUGUGAGCAGGUGAAGACGGAGAGAGAGAUCGAACUCAUCAACGAGCAGGUGCUCAUGGCCAUGUCGGAGAUGGGCUUGGAUCGAGAGCGCACGCUUCAGUCUUUGCAAACAGAUGCGUAUGAUCACUACAGCGCCAUCUACAGUUUGUUGACUGAACGCCUCAAGAAACACAAGACGCUGCGCGUUGCCCCGCCCACACCGCGCUCGAUUAGCUAUCCUCUCAAUGCUGUACAGCAGACUGACCCACAAGGUAAUCCUGUUAGCAUGACCGUUCCCCAUGUCCAGCUUAUCAACCCAGAGAACCAAAUUGUAGAGCCUGAUGGCAACAUGGCCCUGGACAGUGAUGAAGGCGAGGAGCCGUCUCCUGAGGCCAUGGCUCGCUACCUGUCGAUGAGGCGGCACACUGUGGGGGUACCAGACCAAAGGACAGAGAUGCAGGAGGAACUCCAGAACCUUCCACCAGGUUUCCCUCGAGGUGUAAUCCCCCAGACCCCCUUCCCUCAGCUUGCCCCCACUAUGGGCCAAAUGCACACCCUCAUGCCCACACAGAGCCUGCAGCCGACACAGCAGCUGGAGUACAAGGAACAAUCGCUGCUGCAGCCGCCCACACUGCAGCUCCUGAACGGCAUGGGCCCCUUGGGUCGAAGAGCUUCCGACGGCGGGGCCAACAUUCAGCUCCACGCUCAGCUCCUGAAGAGACCUCGAGGGCCCUCGCCACUUGUUGCCAGCCCGCAUCCAAUCCCCGCCGUAGCUCCGGUUGACGAGGAGGGUUCAGACGGAGAGCCGGACCAGGAGGCAGUGCAGAGGUACCUGGCGAACCGCUCCAAGCGGCACACGACGCACGUGCUUACAAGCACAUCGCAUGGCGAGCCUUCGACAGAGUCACAGCGGUCCCAGGGCCCCCGCCAGAGGGGCGGCUGGGCUCCUGACACACACACCCGAUCAAGCUAUAAGGACUGUAACACCCUCCACCUCCCCAUGGAGCGCUUCUCUCCUGUCAGACGCUUCUCUGAUGGUGCCGCCACCAUCCAGGCCUUCAAGGCUCACCUGGAGAACAGCAGCCUCAUUAGGCAACUCAAGCAGGAGUGUGAGCAGCUUCAGAAAAAGUAUGCCGCCCAACAGGAUGAACGCUUCCUCGAGCACACUCAGCAGCAACACAUCCUUUACCAGCAAGAGCAACAAAUCCUCCACCAGCAAAUCCAGGGUCUGUCUUUAGGCCAUGGAGAGAGCCAGCCCAGUCACUUAACCCACCAGCUCCAGAGGUUGCGUAUCCAGCCCUCCAGCCCUCCGCCAACACAUCCCAGCAACCACCUCUUCAGACAGCCCAAUCAGAGUUCUCCGCCUGGUUCUGCAGGCAUCAUGCAAGGGCACGGGGGGCAGUCAUCAGUACCGUACCAGCAUGGCGCUCCUGCCAUGUACCAGGCGCAAAGUGGCAGCCCACCUCCCACCAGCCUGCCUCGAGUCCCCAUGCCAAACAAUCCGCAAUCGGCGUCUGCUCGGCCCGCCGUCCCGUUGGCGCCAGGUGUACCCCAGCAGCAGCAGGUGACCAUACAGGUGCAGGAGGUGGAACUGGGAGGCGGGGUGCAGAGACCUGGCAACUUCCUGUCCACGCCGGGGACACACAGGGUCCUCGGGAAGCAGCUCAGCGCGGACAACGCCGAGACGCACAGUCGCAGCCUGGGCCGCUUCACAUCCGGCUACGACCAAACACAGUUCAACCCCCACCUUUUUUCUGGCGACUCUGCCACUCGAGGAGCCUCAGGAGUGGUCGGCUCCUACAACCCCUACAUGCAGGGAGCCUCCCUCAAAGUCCCUGGCCUGGAGGGUUACCAAAGCGUGGGGAGCAGCUACGGGGCCCCCUCCACUUUACAGCAGGCCCUGCUGUCCCCAACUCCUUUGGACUACCGCCCCCCGCAGCAGCACGUCACCCCCACCCUGCAGGGCCUACUGUCUCCUCGCCACUCUUUAACAGGCCACGCUGACCCCAGGUUGCCCCCCCAAGACUUGGCAGCCCUCUUAAAGAGACAUAAUCCCCGGCCAUGUGCAGCGGCCCAAACACCACCCGGCGGUGCGCCACAAGAGUUUGGAGAUAUGCUGCUCCUCCGCCAGCUGAACCAAGGAGACGGCCUGGAGCCACCUUUGCCCCAAGGUGCCUCUGGGGGGCAGCACUACCACCACCUCCUCCAAAUCCGACCUCCAGAGGUUCCGCAGCAGCACACGCCCCAGGUGCCGUGUCCUCCCUUACCUCACUCCGAGAGCAUGGAAGAGGACGAGGUGCCAGCUGAAUAUCACCACCCUCAUGAAGGUCUGCUGGCCAAGGCAGAAGGUCAUGAGCUUCUGGGGCCCCCCCGUGGAGGAACCCCCCCAUAUAACUCCCCUACACACAGGCACGCUGGCUACGUUAGGAGUGCUUCAGCUGCCCGAGAGUCUGAGCAUGUAGAGUGCAGGCCCCAAGGACAGGCCAUGGAAGUGCCUGAUCACAAUGGCUAUCCACGAGGACCCCAAAGUGAGGCGUAUAGAUCUAGAGGACAGCUGCAGCGCCACCACACCAUCCAGACCUGCGAUGAUGCCUAUGACCAGGCUGAUCCCAUGUCCAGCAUGAGCCUCCUUGCUGGAAAGGCUCUAAGCUCUGCUCGCAUGUCGGAUAUUCUCAGCCAGACUUCGUUGACAGGAAGCCAGCAGCUGCACCAGCGGGAAGAGUCAGUGUGUGAUGUCGAAGGGGAGCUUCACCCCACAGCCUGUUACCCCUCCUCCUGCACCAGUGAUAUGCUCCUCAGCUACAAGCACCCUGACCUGCAGUACAGCAUGGAGCAGGCCGGGGUCUAAAACAGGACGGGGUCCUGCGUUUGUCGGUCCAUAUCAGCCACCCUGAGUUGUGUUGAGUUGAGAAGCAUCACGCUAAACCACCGUUUUC